CUUUGCAAUUUGCUUGCAGCCUUUUAAUUUCUGCCUGUUUUUCUUUCAGUAUCCAGAAUUGCGUGAUUUUGUUGCUGCACACUGCAACUAAAUUUAAUUGUUUAUUUUCUCUGAAAAAUAAGGAUGCCUCGCCAAACAUACCACCCAGUGAUUAAUCUGGAACAAGAAGGGCGUUAUGCAAUUGACUCCCCAGGAAGCCCUCCAAACUUACUAGAAGGUUUAUCUUCCCAAGAUACGCAGCUAGAUGAAGGUGAGGAAAGGUUUAUGGUUGAUCCUGCAUCACGGGAAGAUCCAAAAGUGCGAGAACUGAUACAGGUUCUGAUUGACUGGGUUAACGACGAACUGGCUUCGCACAGAAUUAUUGUCAAACAGCCUUUGGAAGAGGAUUUAUUCGAUGGUCAGGUUUUGCAGAAACUGAUAGAAAAACUGGAAAACGUGAAGGUGGAAAUUCCUGAAGUUACUCAGACUGAAGAAGGACAGAAGCAGAAACUGAAAGUGGUUUUGGACGAAGCUAAUCGCAUUUUGCUUGGAGACCAGGGUUGGCAGCAACCGAAAUGGAGUGUGGAAAUGAUUCACUCAAAAUAUUUGGUAGCCAUGCUGCACCUGUUGGUUGCACUGGCUCGCCAUUACCGGGCGCCUAUUCGAAUUCCCGAAAGUGUGACGGUUCGUGUGUCCGCCGUCCAGCCUUUGUUUCAGAAACGGGAUGGACUGUUGCACCAUAGGCAGAUGAUCGAAGAAAUUACGGCAACAUACGAUGAAUGGGGAUUAAAACAAGAACGCGAUGCAUUCGAUACCCUUUUCGAUCAUGCACCGGAUAAACUAAAUGUAGUCAAGAAGCGGCUGAUGCUGUUCGUUAAUCAAUACUUGAAUCGAUUGAAUCUGGAGGUUACCGAUUUGGAGGUCCAGUUUCAGGACGGCGUAUACUUUAUUUUGUUGUGCGGAUUACUGGAAGGAUAUUUUGUCCCAUUCUACGACUAUUUUUCUGCUCCAACUACGAUGGACCAAAAGUUGCAUAAUGUAAAUUUGGCAUUCGAAUUGAUGAUGGAUGCAGGUUUACCGCGACCAAAAGCUAGAGCUGAAGACAUCGUUAAUCUGGAUUUGAAGUCCACUUUGCGAAUACUCUACAGCCUUUUCUCAAAGUACAAGGAAUCUUCCCAGUAGUGUAUUUGUAUGAUGUUCGAAUUCUAUGUUCCUGUGGACACUUGUGCAUAAAGACUGGGCUUCACAGUUUGGAUGUUAAAAAUAUUCUGAACGUCUUAGAUCAGUAACUGUUAUCUUUUUUACUGUUAACGUUCUUGAUUGUUAGUACCAAUCAAGUACCUAAUCGUAGUAGCUUGAAAGUAAUUUCUAUUACAGUUUAUGUUGUGUCAGCCUCUGUAGCAUUUUCUUCUGUGAUCGUGGAAAUCCGAGUGGUGCACUUGUAUCUGUUUGUUUCUUUUAAAAUUCGAAAUUUUCGGGAAAUGUAUAUAAAUAUGUUUUGUAAACAAUGGUUAAUUUUAUCUGAUGCGAGUACGACUUUUAUUAAUAAAAAAAUAAGAGAUAAUAAAAAAGCCACCGUUA